AUGCGCACGGCCCUCGCGGCCCUCGCGCUGCUCGGCACCGCGUCGGCGUUCGUCGCCCCGACCUCGAGCAACCUCAAGCUCCGCACGAGCGCCAACGCGCCGCUCUACUCGACCAUCGACAAGAAGACCGAGGACGUGUCGCUCAGCUCCGGCGGCGGCAUGUUCACGACGUCGAAGCCCGAGGACCGCCGCAUCGGCCAAGUCGAGCGCGCGCCCGCGUACCUCGGCGCCAAGGACGGCUCGACGCCCGGCCGCGCGCCGCUCAAGAUCGUCUACGUCGUCCUCGAGUCGCAGUACCAGAGCUCCAUGACCCAGGCCGUGAAGCAGAUCAACGCGAACGCGAACUCUGGCGUCGGCGUCGAGUGCGUGGGCUACCUCCUCGAGGAGCUCCGCGACGAGGCGAACGUGGCGGCCUUCAAGAAGGACGUCGCCGAGGCCAACGUCUUCAUCGGGUCGCUCAUCUUCGUCCAGGAGCUCGCGGAGGUCGUCCGCGACGUCGUCGAGGCCGAGCGGGACCGCCUCGACGCCGUGCUGGUCUUCCCGUCCAUGCCCGAGGUCAUGCGCCUCAACAAGGUCGGCGGCUUCACCAUGGCGUCCCUGGGCCAGUCCAAGUCCGUCGUCUCCGAGUUCAUGAAGAAGAAGAAGUCCGACGACGGGUCGUCGUUCGAGGAGGCGAUGCUCAAGCUGCUCCGCACGCUGCCCAAGGUGCUCAAGUACCUGCCCGGCGACAAGGCCAAGGACGCCAAGUCCUUCAUGAUGUCCUUCCAGUACUGGCUCGGCGGCUCGCCGGAGAAUUUGCAGUCCAUGAUCAUGUCGCUCGCGACGACGUACGUGCCCGCCGUCGCCGACGCGGCCGACGCGUCCGCGCUCGACGCCGAGGGCCUCAUCGCCGAGCCCGUGCUCCUCCCGGACAAGGGCAUCUGGCACCCGCUGGGCCCCGAGGUCUACCAGGACGUCAACGAGUACUUUAAUUGGUACGAGACGACGCACGCGCCCGCCGCGGGCCUCGCCGAGGACGCGCCCGUCGUCGGCGUCGUGCUCCAGAAGUCGCACAUCAACACGGGCGACGCGGGCCACUACGUGUCCCUCAUCUCCGAGCUCGAGGCCCGGGGCGCCAAGGUCGUCUGCAUCUACAGCGGCGGCCUCGACUUCUCCGGCCCCGUGAAGGAGUACUUCUACCGCGUCGGCGGCGUCGCCGUCGACUCCGUCAUCAACCUCACGGGCUUCGCCCUCGUCGGCGGGCCGGCGUCCCAGGACCACCCCAAGGCCGUCGAGACGCUCAAGGCCCUCGGCGUGCCCUACCUCUGCGCCGUGCCCCUCGUCUUCCAGUCGUUCCAGGAGUGGGAGGCGUCCGAGCUCGGCCUCCACCCCGUGCAGGUCGCGCUCCAGGUGUCGCUCCCCGAGCUCGACGGCGCCAUCGAGCCCAUCAUCUACGCGGGCCGCGAGGGCGCCACGGGCAAGUCCGUGCCCCUCGACGACCGCAUCUCCGUCCUCGCGCAGCGGAGCCUCAAGUGGGCGACGCUGCGCCGCAAGGAGAACAAGGACAAGAAGGUCGCGGUGACCAUCUUCUCCUUCCCGCCGGACAAGGGCAACGUCGGCACGGCGGCCUACCUCGACGUCUUCGGCUCCAUCCUCGCCGUCGCCAAGGAGCUCAAGGCGCGCGGCUACGAUUUGGGAGAUACGGACCCGGACGCCAUGGAGCCGGGAGACUUGAUGGACAUGGUCCUCAACGACAAGGAGGCGAAAUUCGACUCGCCGAACCUCAACGUCGUCCACAAGAUGACCAUGGAGGAGUACGAGCGCUUGUGCCCCUACCAGAACGACCUCCACGAGAACUGGGGCCCGCCGCCGGGCCACCUCAACUCGGACGGCCAGAACCUCCUCGUCUUCGGCGCCAAGUUCGGCAACGUCUUCGUCGGCGUCCAGCCGUCCUUCGGCUACGAGGGCGACCCCAUGCGCCUCCUCUUCUCCAAGUCCGCGUCGCCCCACCACGGCUUCGCGGCCUACUACACGUACCUCGAGUCGGUCUUCGAGGCCGACGCGGUGCUCCACUUCGGCACGCACGGCUCCCUCGAGUUCAUGCCCGGCAAGCAGGUCGGCAUGUCCGGCGAGUGCUACCCGGACCGCCUCGCGGGCACGAUCCCCAACCUCUACUACUACGCGGCGAACAACCCGUCGGAGGCGACGAUCGCGAAGCGCCGCAGUUACGCGGCGACGAUCUCGUACCUCACGCCGCCGGCGGAGAACGCGGGCUUGUACAAGGGCCUGAAGGAGCUCUCGGAGCUCGUGUCGUCCUACCAGGGCCUCCGCGAGAACGAGGCGCGCGGCCCGUCCAUCGUCAACUCGAUCAUCUCCGCGGCGUACACGUGCAACCUCGACAAGGACAUCAGGGACCUGCCCGCGGACGACUUCGACUCCAAGACCGUCGAUCUGGAGGCCCGCGACAACGUCGUCGGCGCCGUCUACCGCCGCCUCAUGGAGAUCGAGAGCCGCCUCCUGCCCAUGGGCCUCCACACGGUCGGCGUGCCGCCGACGGCCGAGGAGGCCAUCGCGACGCUCGUGUCCAUCGCGGAGAUCGACCGCCCCGAGGACGACAUCCUCGGCCUGCCCCGCAUCCUCGCCAACGCCAAGGGCCGCAAGCUCGAGGAGAUCUACCGCAACGCGAACGAGGGCAUCCUCGGCGACGUCGAGCUCCUCCAGCAGAUCACGGAGGCGACGCGCGCGGCCGUCCGCGCCAUGGUCCAGGAGUCGACGGACUCCACGGGCCGCGUCAAGGAGGUCACGCCCAUGGCGAAGCUCAUGGGCUCCAUGAUGGGCGCCGCGCCCUACCGCCAGGCCCUCGAGAAGACGGGCUUCGCGUCCGCGGCGGGCGACGCGGCGCUGACGCCGCUCUUCGAGUACCUCGAGUUCUGCCUCCGCCAGGUCGUCGCCGACAACGAGCUCGGCGCCUUGGUGGAUGCUCUCGACGGCACCUACAUCGAGCCCGGGCCCGGCGGCGACCCCAUCCGCAACCCCGCCGUGCUCCCCACGGGCAAGAACAUGCACGCGCUCGACCCCCAGUCCAUCCCGACCACCGCGGCCGUCGAGUGCGCGAACCGCGUCGUCGAGAAGCUCCUCGAGCGCCUCGAGCGCGACAACGGCGCGCUCCCGGAAUCCGUGGCCUUCACGCUCUGGGGCACGGACAACAUCAAGACCUACGGCGAGUCCCUCGCCCAGGUUUUGGGCCUCGUCGGCGUGCGCCCCGUGCCCGACGCGCUCGGCCGCGUGAACAAGCUCGAGCUCAUCCCCCUGGAGGAGCUCGGCCGCCCGCGCGUCGACGUCGUCGUCUCGUGCUCGGGCGUCUUCCGCGACCUCUUCAUCAACCAGAUGAACCUGCUCGACCGCGCCGUGAAGAUGGCCGCCGAGGCCGACGAGCCCCUGGACCAGAACUACGUGCGCAAGCACGCCAUGGAGCAGGCCGAGGAGAUGGGCGUCUCCGUCCGCGAGGCCGCGACGCGCGUCUUCUCCAACGCCGCGGGCUCCUACAGCGCCAACGUCGGCCUCGCCAUCGAGAACGGCGGCUGGGAGUCCGAGUCGCAGCUCCAGGAGCAGUUCAUCGGCCGCAAGGGCUUCGCGUUCAACGCGGACAAGCCCGGCAUGAUGACCCAGUCCACGGACAUGUUCAAGGCCGCGCUGUCGACCGUCGACGUGACCUUCCAGAACCUCGACUCCUCCGAGAUUUCGAUUUCCGACGUGAGCCACUACUACGACUCGGACCCGACCAAGGUCGUCGCGGGCCUCCGCAAGGACGGCAAGAAGCCGUCGUCCAUGAUGGCCGACACGACGACGGCCAACGCGCAGGUCCGCUCGCUCUCCGAGACGGUCCGCCUCGACGCGCGCACGAAGCUCCUGAACCCCAAGUUCUACGAGGGCAUGCUCGCGUCCGGCUACGAGGGCACGCGCGAGAUCACGAAGCGCCUGCGCAACACCAUGGGCUGGUCCGCGACGGCGGGCGAGGUCGACAACUUCGUCUACGAGGACGCGAACGACACCUUCAUCAAGGACGAGGCCAUGCAGAAGCGCCUGCUCGAGACGAACCCCAACGCGUUCCGCGACAUGGUCACGACCUUCCUCGAGGCCAACGGCCGCGGCUACUGGGACACGGACGAGGAGAACCUCGAGCGGCUCCAGGAGCUCUACCAGGAGUGUUACACGUUACUGAACAGCGUGAUGUCGCCGGCCAUGACGCCCGACGCGUAG